UUGCCCAUCUCUUCACCAAUCAACUAAGAUCUUUCAUUUGGCAAAUUUAAUGGUCUCUCACGGUAUGAGUUCCCAUAUGGGUGUGCCUCUUCCUCUCCUUUUCCUUGUCGCACUAACCCUAGCGCUGAUUCCCCUAUCUGUCGCCCAAGACUUGCCCCAAGACUACGUCGCGGCCCACAAUGCCGCUCGCUCUCAGGUCGGUGUGGGCCAGAUCACUUGGGACGAGCAAGUGGCUGGCUAUGCCAGGGACUAUGCCCAAAAGCAUGCCAGGGAUUGCACGCGGCUAGUCCACUCGGGCGGACCCUACGGGGAGAACCUCGCAUGGGCUUCCCCUGAUCUCACCGGCACAAGAGCGGUGAACAUGUGGGUUGGGGAAAAGCCUUACUACGACUACAACUCCAACUCGUGCGCGCCAGGGCAGGUCUGCGGGCAUUACACUCAGGUGGUGUGGCGCAACUCAGUUCGGCUCGGAUGCGCAAAGGCCCAGUGUGCGACGGGCGGCACUUUGGUUACUUGUAACUACAAUCCUCCCGGGAACGUUGGAGGCCAAAAGCCUUAUUGACUUGCAAAACCUUGUAUGUCGGACGAUGAACUAUCAUGUCAAAAUAACGCCCCAUUAGGAUGAGGCGAGAGCUUUAGAUGCACCAAAAUUAAAUAAAGUCAUAUGAAUGAUGAAGGUAAGUCUCUUUCAAUAA